CACAGCUUGUCACAUGAUACAAGGCUGUUGCGAUUAGCCUUGUACCAUGUGACCUCUGUGAUCAUUCACAGAUUUCACAAGUAGCAAGCACUGAUGUCAGGAAGUGACCGCUUGCUUGCUACUAUUCAUGUGAUCACGGAUUGGCCAAUCCGUGAUCACAUGAAUCGGGAGCUGCCAGAGGUCCCCAUUCUUGCAGCCAUUGAGAAAUACUGUGCGAGCUGUGAUUGGUCACAGCUUGUCACAUGGUACAAGGCUGUUGUGAAUAGCCUUGUACCAUGUGACCUCUGUGAUUAUUCACAGAUUUCACUAGUAGUAAGCAAUGAUGUCAAG